AUGAAGCUCCCUGCCUCCCUGAUCCUCCUUCUUCUCGGCGGUGCCAUCGCGGCUCCCACCGACCUCUCAGGCAAGGAGCCCGAUUAUGAGGUCUGCAAACUACCCCCCGACCACAAGGGCAGGGUUCAUCUCGGACACGAUGGCGUCUUGCGGGAGUUCGACGGUGAGCUGAAGGUCAAGGCCUUCUGGCCUCUCAGCCCCAAGCAGAUCAAGGAGUUCCAUGACCGCUUCCCCAAGGAGGAGCGGGAUAGACUGCACAAGGCGUUUGAGGGCGUCGAUGGCUGGAACGUAAAGGAUAUCGAGAAACUUCUGUAUCCGGACGAGAAAUACUGGCCUAAGUUUGAGGGCCAUGAGAAGGAGAAGAAAGACAAGUGGAGGCGAGGAGGCGGUGAAUGGUGGGAUAAGGACGGGCAUGACGGAAAGGACGGACAUGACGGACAUGAUGAGUAUGACGGGCAUGACGGGUAUGAUGGAAAGGACGGGCAUGAUGGAAAGGACGGGCAUGAUGGACACGAUGGGCAUGAUGGACAUGAGAAGUGGGAAAAGGAGGUGGAACAAAGAGAAAGAGAGGAGCACGAGAAAGCAGAGAGGGAGAGGUAUGAGAAAGAAAGGCAGGAGAAGGAGGCAAGGGAGAGGUGGGAGAAAGAAAAGUACGAACGGGAAGUGAAGGAAAGGGAGAGACAUGAGAAGGAAAGGAUAGAGAAGGAGAAAGCAGAGAGGGAGAGGCAGGAACGAGAGAGGCAAGAGAGGGAGAAAUGGGAACAGGAGAAGGCACGACAAGAGAAGGAGAAGGCUGAACUGGAACGACAAAAGCACGAGAAGGCAGAGCAGGAAGAGAGAGAGAGACAAAAGGAACACAGAGAGAAAGAUUGGGAGAAGCAUGAGAAGGAGGAAAAACAACACGAGCAAUUGGAAAAGGAAGAGAAGGAAAGACAGAAGAAGGAAGAGUGGGAGAAGGAGGAGAAGGAACACAAGGAAAAGGAGAAGGGAGAGUGGAAGAAGGAAGAGGAGCAUGAGAAGAAGGGAGGAUGGCCCGAAUGGCCCAAGUGGCCCAAGAAGGAGGAGCACGACAAGGACUGCUAG